UUUCGGCGCCAUUUUUUGUCUGGCAGAUCAGAAGUGUGUGAAAAAUGUAUAAAUCAAUUUUCCCAGUCCAACCUUUCAACGAUCGAGCCAGCAAAAUGAUGCAUACAAUGAUGGUGAAAGCAUCCCAAGACUUGCCACCAUUUAUCUAUGGUGACCAUCGUGAUUCUCUUAAUAUGAUGACAUAUCGCAGGAAUAUGAAACAAGAAUUGGAGGAUUAUUGUUCGCCCACCUGGAUAAGGUAUCGAGCAAAGAAGAACAAAAUGAUGCCGUUGCUGAUAGACGUCAUGCAGUCUUGCAUUGAAUUUACCCAUCUCAGCCUAAUGAUGCGCCCAGUCUCCCUUAGCGAAAUGGCCAGCCUUGAGUCAAACAUGGCGGCAUUCCGCAAGCACAUUUCGAUGACUCCUUUGUAUGAGAAGGAGCAGCAGCAGCAGCGUCAGCGCAAAAUAAAAGCGUGCAUCUUCAUGGGGCUGACCAUUGCAGUGACGGUUGGACUCUUGGCAUAUAUAUUCAUGUCAUUCAAAUAAUGGAUUUCCCUUUAUUUGUAAUCAAAUGCCCAAAGAGAGAAACCCAAAAAAUAGUUACCGAAGAAAAGAUUUACAGAGUCCCUUAACGUACAUAAAUAUAUGCGAAGUUCCUUAACUGAUGUUAAAUGAAACAGCAAGCUUACAAAACGUACCUGGAAUGUUCUCCACUGAAAAGAGCUGACGGUUAAUGAGAAAAGAAAUGCUACCUCAAGUUUCCUUGUAUGAAUUUAGGCUUGUGUGUUAAUUGACGAGUGACUUGAUUUUAGAAGAAGAUUUGUAUACGUUCCAAUAAAG